AGAAUUAGAGAAGCAUAUAGGAGUUUUGAAUAAUUUUUGCGAUUAUGUGAUAAAGACAACUAAGGAGAAUAGAGAGAACAUGAAAAAGUCAAAUGGCGGUACCACUAACAAUGUAGCAGAUAAACCGGGCUUCAAGUCAUAUAUUGACAUUCUGCUUGAUCUAGAAGAAACAGAUGCAAGCUUUACAGAGGAACGGAUGCGUGGAGAAGUAAAUACAAUUAUACUUGCCGGCCAAGAGACAGUAGCCACCACGUUGUUCUUUUGUUUCCUAACGUUAGGAGAUCAUAAAGACGUGCAAGAAAAAAUGGUAAAAGAAAUAAAACAAGUAAUGGGUGAAGAGAAGUGCGAUGUCACAAAAGAACACUUGUCAAUGAUGCCGUAUUGUGAGGCUGUUAUAAAUGAAACCAUGAGGCUGUAUCCUCCAGCUCCUACCGUUAUGCGAUACGCAGACCGUGACGUUAAACUUGACUCGUGUACCAUCAUAAAAGGGACAAAUGUGGCCUUAGAUUUCUGGAGUAUGGGUAGAAGUGAGAAAGAGUGGGGCCAAGAUGCGCUAGAGUUUAAGCCGGAGCGGUGGUUACCACCAAAUCCACCCAGGUCUACGCCAGUAGCUUUCAGCUUGGGGAAAAGAGCUUGCAUAGGAAAAAAAUAUGCGAUUCACGUGUUAAAGACGAUCCUGAUUCACUGCAUUCGUGAUUAUGAGAUCAUAGCUGAACCAAAUGAGAAUUUAGAGUUCAAAGUGGAUAUUGCCUUAAGAACAAUAAGUGGUCAUUUGAUACAAGUGAAGCGACGACAAUAAUAUUAAAAUUAAUAUAGUAAGAGUUAAUUUGAUUAAAAAA